ACACCCACAGCCCUGCAGUCAGUCUGAACUGGAAAGCAAGAAUGAAGAGAUCCUACAGAAAACAAGAGUUGGCAGAUCUCCGAGCCACAGACAUCUUUGAAACAUCAGAGGCAGCAAAAUAUACAAGUACCCUGCAGAGCAAGGCGGGGCUUGUGGAAGAGCAAUUAAGGCGGGGCUACCAGCAGGAAGCUUCUGCUCUCGAUGCAGCAAUGGAGAACAUGACACGCAUAUAUUUGUCAAGAUUCCAAGCUCUGGAAAAAGAUCUUGCCAGUACAAAGUGGGAGUUGGAACAAGCAGAGAAGCAGCAAUGGGAAGCUCAGAAGACUCAGUCAGAGCUUUUCCAUGAGAACUGGCAACUGUUAAAAACUCUUCAGAAGCUACGGAGGACUAUGGAAAAGCAAAAGGAGACUAAAAACAGGAGAAUUUAAAACAUUCUAAAAUGAAACUAAAUGGAAAAAAUACAUAUGGUUCUGUGACAUUGCCAAUAUGAUGAUGAUACCAACUAAAUAAUUAAAGCUUAGGAAAAAAAGGAAAAAGUCAAAAAUCUGGGUAUUAAUUAAAAAUUGUUAGCAUCACAGCUAAGGGCAUCAACUUACACUUACCCAAGCGUGCAGAAGAAAAGCCUUCACCCACCUUCAUAAAGACACAUACUGAAAAACAGUCCAAAUGUAGCAGUGAAACUAUUCAGCCCCCCACAACUUUGUGGUAAAAGUGAUAGUCGGGCAUCAGCAUACUUGUACUUGAAAGAUCAGUUGCACUAAAGAAUGUGUAUGUGAUUGUAAAUGAACAAUAUGUCACAAGUUAAACUAUAUAGGGCCAAUGGGCGGUUCACAAGCAGCACAAUAAACCUGAGCAUCUUAUAAUAAUGUUUCCUAUCAGCUCUCUCUGUCUCUACAGAUCUGUGUCCCUCUGGGAGCUGAUAGAAUGGAUUGCAUAUUGCCUUACAGGAGAACUAAAGCCUAAACAUGAUGUGCAGCACAUUAUUUACACCAGCUGAGACGCACAGCAGUCCUUAUUCUAGGAAAGAUCCCUGGUUUCACACUUGCCUGUUGAUUAUCCUGAAUCCAGUGUUAAACCCAAAUAAGUGAGUUGUCAAACAGUGCAUUCCAUGUCUAAUAGUUAAGCUUUAGUUUAACAAGAAACAAGUGUUCCUACACAAGACUAUACCUUGGCAUGAUGGGUACUAAAACAGAAAAAGGUAGUCUCAAGGAAGAGAGCCAUGAGCAUAUUACAAGAGUACUAGGACAUCCUAUAUAAUAAAGUGUCUCUGCGUCCAGUCCCUGUGUCCGUGGGAUUGCGCUACUGCGCAUGUGCCCAACGGACCGUAUUUCCAUCUGCACGCUAUACAACCCCUACGCUACGUAACUAUUGAUAACGUCACAAACGCCCCACUCUACUGUCAUCAGAAAAAACAGGGAGGGCACUAACGGUGAAUGCAGUUAUAAAGUAAUAGAAGAAAUCAAGACACUGCCUGGCUUUUCACGCAUUAUCAGAAAGCCUGCAUUCCAGUGUGCCCCGCCCAUUUAAAGUCGCAUGACAUGAGCACCUUCCAGACGGCCAACAGGAAAGCAAAAGGGCCGGCUGAUUGGAGGAUGUAUGGUGCGCGGAUGUUACGGUCACGUGGUAUUCUCGCGAAAUGAGAUUGACGUUGAGAGAAGUCUAUGCGCGUACACUGUAGCGUCUUGAAGCGUGCUCAGCAAAGACAGUGUGGAUGACAGUGGAGCUUGCAUGCACAGCACAUAAGCUCCUGCUCUGUGGGCACUGGAUGUGAGCAAGCGGGUGCACUUUACUGAAAUUGUUAUUGUGUAGCAUUUAGAGCAAUGCUAAAAUAUACGACCGCGGCAGGACUCGAACCUGCAAUCUUCUGAUCCGAAGUCAGACGCCUUAUCCAUUAGGCCACGCGGCCCCUUUGCACAAUUCGCUAAAGAGCCGCUAUACAUCACAGGUUGCUGUGGGUGCGGAACUAACGUCUAAAUUUAGCUCCAGAUUUGAAAAGGCGCAGAUGGAGCCUCCCAGAUGUGCGAGUUGCACGCGGGAUUAGAGCAGCCCAAACCCCUGCGCCAUAAACACACACAGUACAACUGCUUCUCCUACAGGAAACUCCUUUAUAAUCUAUCCGGUUCCUCUGAGGAGAGACCUUGCCAUGGAUCUGUAAACCCUACCACAUCCAGAGCUGCCACUGUAACCCACUAACAUGAAUCGUUUGCUUCAAAAAGGCACUUCCCUAGUUCCCUCUUGGAGGACAAGAGGCUGUAGAUACCGUAGGUGCUCGUAUGCGCCACAGUUACAUGCCAAACCCCUGGAAAUGGAAACAUCUCAGAGGAGAAUGAACCCUCUUAAUAUCCAGAUGCUUUCCAAAGGACUUCAUGAACAAAUAUUUAGGGGUAAGCAAGUGCAGCAUGCCGAAGAGGAUGUUCAGAGGAGCAUUACCCAUCUGAAGAAUCAUGAACUUUGGGGGCAAGAAACAUCUACGGUCCCUGAUGUAGAACUGCAGCUUCCCAAGAUGUAUGGGAACAAUAUCGAGGAACACUUUCAAAUUCUGGCUCAGAAACAGUCUUUGCCCUACUUAGAGGCAGCUAAUGAUCUCCUGAAUUGUCAGCUGCCAGCUAUGCCUCAAACAUGGGCUUGGCAGUCUGGAUGGACCCGAUACACAGCCACUGGAGAGAAGGAGUUGGUGGACUUUCCAGAUGAAAAAGCAAUGGUGUUUGACGUGGAAGUUUGUGUAACUGAGGGUCGCUGUCCAACUCUGGCUGUUGCUGUUUCUCCUCAGAACUGGUAUUCUUGGUGCAGUCGGAGAUUGAUUGAGGACAGAUAUACAUGGUCUAAAGAACUAUUGUUAUCAGACCUUAUCCCACUGGAGACAUCAAUGAAUUGCAACUAUAUGACCAAAAACAACUGGACAGAGAGAUUGGUUGUGGGACACAACGUCAGCUUUGAUAGGGCACAUAUUAAAGAGCAGUAUCUUAUCAAAGGUUCAAAGAUGAGAUUUAUGGAUACCAUGAGCAUGCACAUGGCCAUAUCUGGUCUUACAGGAUUCCAGCGCACUUUGUGGAUGGCCAGCAAAUAUGGAAAGAAGAAGGGACUGCAGGAGGUCAAGCAGCAUAUCAAGAAAACCCGCAGCAAUUUCAGUGGUUCCCCAAUCAGUUCCUGGGACUGGGUGAAUAUCAGCAGCAUCAAUAACCUUGCAGAUGUGCAUGCACUGUAUGUGGGUGGCCCACCCCUGGAGAAGGAAGCCCGGGAACUCUUUGUAAAAGGAAGCAUGUCAGAUAUCAGAACAGAGUUCCAAGAACUCAUGAGGUACUGUGCACUUGAUGUUCAGGCAACACAUGAAGUAUUUCAGGAACAGUUUCCACUCUUUAUGGAGAGGUGUCCUCACCCUGUCACUCUGUCAGGUAUGUUAGAAAUGGGCGUUUCAUAUUUACCUGUUAACCAGAACUGGGAAAGAUAUUUGGAUGAGGCUCAGACGAGCUAUGAGGAGCUACAAAAAGAAAUGAAGAAAUCAUUGAUGAAGCUAGCCAACGAUGCAUGCCAACUUCUCACCAAAGAUGCUUACAAGGAAGAUCCCUGGCUUUGGGACCUAGAAUGGGAUAUCCAGGAGUUUAAACAAAAAAAGACAAAAAGCAGUAAAAAGCAGAAGAAAGCUAAUGAAGCCGCAGAAAGUGUUGGGAACAAGCUUGUUGAAGAUCAUAAUGAAGAUCCUGGACCUCCAACUGAAGAAGAAGAGUCUCGUCCAUCCAUGGGCAAACUGUACUUGGAGGAUCUCAAACUUAAAACUUUACCAUUGUUACCAAAAAGAAACCAGCAUUUACCUGGUCACCCUGGAUGGUACCGUAAAUUGUGUCCUAAACUGGAAGAUCCUGACUGGCUACCAGGACCAGGUCUUAUUAGCCUUCAGAUGAGGUUAACACCUAAACUUAUGCGAUUGACAUGGGAUGGUUAUCCCUUGCACUAUUCUGAGAAGCAUGGCUGGGGCUACCUUGUUCCAGGGAGAAAAAACAACAAAUUGAACAAUGAGGAAGAAGAGGAGAUCAUCCCAUGUCCGUACAGAGCCAUUGAAGACAUUUAUGCUGAAUACAGUAAAAAUAAAACAAAAGAUGGGUGUUUAUCACAGCAUUCCACUUUACCAGAGGAGUUCAUGCUCACUGAUGACAACUCUAUGUGGCAAAAGGUUGAGGAGCUAAGUCGGACGGAGAUGGAUCUUAGUAGUGAAGUCCCAGCCACUGCAAAAGCGAAGAAAAGAAAUAAUUCAUCAGAACACCCUGUUAAACUUGAAAUGGAGUUUGAUAGCCUACCUGACAAUCACCAUGGAAACAGCCCUUGCGGUGAUGUAAAUGUUUCAGGCUGCUGGUUCUACAAGUUGCCACACAAAGAUGGCAACGCCAAUAAUGUUGGAAGCCCAUUUGCAAAGGACUUUCUGCCAAAGAUGGAAGAUGGCACUUUACAGGCUAGUACUGGAGAUUCCAGCGCAACACGUGCCCUUGAAAUCAACAAAAUGAUCUCCUUUUGGAGAAAUGCUCACAAAAGAAUAAGUUCCCAAAUGGUGGUAUGGAUGAAGAAGAAUGAACUCCAUCGGACUAUCACCAGGGACCCUGAGUUUGAUGAAGAGAACAAGUAUGGUGCUAUUUUGGCUCAAGUGGUUUCUGCAGGAACCAUCACUCGUCGAGCUGUAGAGCCCACGUGGCUGACAGCCAGCAAUGCCAGAGCAGAUCGCGUGGGCAGUGAAUUAAAGGCCAUGGUACAAGUGCCGCCAGGAUAUCAUCUAAUAGGAGCAGAUGUGGACUCUCAGGAACUCUGGAUAGCUGCAAUACUCGGAGAAGCUCAUUUUGCCGGAAUUCACGGUUGCACAGCUUUUGGGUGGAUGACUCUGCAAGGCAAGAAGAGCAGCGGCACUGAUCUGCACAGCAAAACUGCCUCUACUGUUGGAAUAAGCAGGGAACACGCCAAAGUGUUUAAUUAUGGACGCAUUUAUGGUGCAGGGCAGCCUUUUGCUGAGCGUCUGCUAAUGCAAUUCAACCAUCGCCUCACUCAGGAACAAGCAGCAGAGAAAGCAAAGCAGAUGUAUGCUGUGACUAAGGGAAUCAGGAGGUACAUUUUAUCAAAAGAAGGCGAGUGGCUGGUGGAAGAAUUGGGAAUUUCUGUUGAAAGAGGUGAAGAGAAUUCUGUGAACUUACAAGAUUUACGGAAGAUUCAGAAAGAUGCAACAAAAAAGUCUAGAAGAAAGUGGAACUUGGUAAGUCGUAGGAUAUGGACUGGAGGAACAGAGUCUCAGAUGUUUAACAAACUGGAGACCAUUGCAAUGAGUCCCUCACCAAAGACUCCUGUCCUGGGGUGUCACAUCAGUAGAGCACUGGAACCAGCAGCAGUAAAAGGAGAAUUCAUAACAAGCCGAGUGAACUGGGUGGUGCAGAGUUCGGCUGUAGAUUACCUUCACUUGAUGCUGGUUGCCAUGAAGUGGCUUUUUGAGGCCUACGACAUAGAUGGACGAUUCUGCAUUAGUAUCCACGAUGAAGUGCGCUACCUUGUGCACAGCAAGGACCGAUACCGUGCAGCGCUGGCUUUACAGAUCACAAAUCUUCUAACAAGGUGCAUGUUUGCUUCCAGACUUGGAAUCCAGGAUCUGCCUCAGUCAGUGGCAUUUUUCAGUGCUGUGGAUAUAGAUAAGUGCUUGAGAAAAGAGGUGACUAUGGACUGCUCAACUCCAUCCAACCCUAAUGGUAUGGAGAAGAGAUACGGUAUUCCUCAAGGGGAAGCGUUGGAUAUCUAUCAGAUUCUUAAAGUCACCAAAGGAGUCUUGUGAAAGAGCAGCUAAAACCAUGACCCUCUCUGA